UCCGCUUAAACUCUGUGACGGAAGUGAUCUGGAUUUCACCAAUAAAUUCUUAAUUUCUGCGUUUUGUGUUGGAAUAAAACAACAAUAAACAUUUAAAAUGACUUUUGCUGGUUUUAAAAAACAGAUAAAUAAAGCCAAUCAGUAUGUCAGUGAAAAGAUCGGUGGUGCUAAAGGGACAGAGUUAGAUGAUGAAUUUGUAGAAAUGGAACGAAAAUUUGAUGUCACUGCAAAAUUUGUUGAAGAUGUCCAAGGAAAGACACAUGAAUAUUUACAGCCAAAUCCAGCAACAAGAACCAAAAUGAUGUUAGUUUCCAAACUGAAGGGCCAGAGCAAUAAAACUGCACUUUAUCCACAGCCAGAAGGGACGCUAGGGGAAUGUAUGUCAAAACAUGGCACAGAUUUAGGUGACGACUCAUAUCUCGGUAUGGCCUUGAUGGAAGCUGGUGACACAUAUAAACAGAUAGCGGAAUACAAAUACAGUUUAGAGGAUAGUGUCAAACAAAAUUUCCUUGAACCACUGCAUCAGUUACAAUCGAAAGAUUUCAGAGAAGUACAGCAUCAUAGGAAAAAAUUAAACAGUCGGAGGCUAGACUUCGAUUGUAAAAAGAGGAAACAGACUAAAGAAAAGAAACCAGGUAAAAAAUCUAACCGUGCUGAUUGUUUGGGUUCAGCUGUAUCUGAGGAAGAGAUCAGGCUUGCUGAGGAGAAGUUUGAAGAGUCGAGAAAGCUAGCAUGGAUCGCUAUGAAAAAUGUCCUCGAGAAUGAUGUUGAGCAGAUCACCCAGCUAUCCGAACUAGUGGAUGCUCUGGUGGACUACCACACAAACUGUGCUGAAGCACUCAGGAGGCUGCAGGAGUCUCUCAAGGAGAAGGUUGGUGAGGCAGCAGCACGACCAAAGGCCGAACUUCCAGCACGUCUGAACUCAAGUAAAGGUCUCUCACCGUACAACAACGAUGAUAUUGAUAAUGGCUCGACAUACUCUGUUUCCCCGAUGCCUUCUCCAGCACAUCAGCCUCACUCAUCUUUCCAAAACCCAUGUGCCCGAGCCCUGUAUGACUUUGACCCAGAAAACGAAGGUGAAUUGGGAUUCGAGCAAGGUGAAAUCAUCAACCUCACCAACCGCAUCGACGAGAACUGGCUGGAGGGUGAAAUACACGGAAAGACGGGAUACUUCCCGGAAAAUUACGUUGACAUCAUCACCGACCUUCCUUGAAGAGAAACUCAUCUGCUGAAACAAUGUACACUCCAUGAUGUUUGGGCAAAUAUCUAUUUCAUAGCCUAAUCAGUUUGUUCAUUUGAUUAGAAUUGUAAAGAUUUCUUCUGUUAGAACUUUGCAGAUGGAGACUACAUCUGUGCCAUUUGACGCUGCCCGCAGUGUGUCUCUUCCCAUCAGUUUUAGCUCUGGAGUGCGCACUUUUGGGGAAAUUGUACCUUAUGACGCUGAAUAUUUGUGCAGUUUGCUAUGAUUUCUUUCUUCUAAAUAAAGAUAUUCAAAUAUCCUUGACACCUGAAAGAUUAAUAUCCUGUUUAAAGCGAUUUAAAUUGAUUAGAUUACGAUUUUACUUGCUUGGGCUAACUUAUGAUAAGGUAAUAGGCCUACAUGUAUGUGUUGAAGCAGAUUUUUUCUUUUUAGCGUGAUCUCUAUUUGAUGACUUCGCCUGGUAGAUUAGUUUAUAUUUGACAAUUUUUUUUCAAAUUUAUUUCUGUGGUGAAUGUCUAUGUAUUGCGACAAUACUCUUCAUUUGGUUGAGCUUAUACCUACAAGGUGUCUCUAAAUUGGCUUGGCUUAGGACAUAGCUCUAGAUGCUCUGUGUAGGUCCCUAAAGUGCAGUGUGUGGUGCUUCUUCAUCAUGAAGAAUCAGCUUCAGGCUUGAAAUGACAGAUUUCAGUGGCAUGCAUUGAUCAUCUGGACUCCCAAGUGUUUUGUCCCACCUUGUACCUUUGGCUCUUUUGGGAGAGCGUACUGAGGUCAUGUCAAGGUCAAAGCCUUAGAGGUCAAGGUGACAUCUGUUAAGUAUCAUCUUACAAUACCCUACUUUCUGAUCGUGAUGCCCUAUUUGAUUGGUUACAUUCCAAACUUAGUCUCAUUAAUAUGAUUUCUGGCCAUUAGAGAUGGUACGAUUCCUCCGGUCAUCUGGAAUAAUUUGAUAUCUGCAAACAUAUAGAAGCAGGGUUACUCAGACCAUUCAGAGAGAAGGACUUUGUCCACAUGUUGCAAUAGGCCAGUUCAUUGAUAUAAAUUUUCCUGUUUUAAAGGAUAUACCUGUACAUGUAUGUCAUAGAAAUCAUUUGAAAAACCUUACAUUCUGGAAGAGGUUUUAAAUUGGAAAUCUUGGUGAAAGAAAAUUAGUGGGAAAUAGGCAUAUAGUAAAGGUUGCCCACCACACCGGAACAAAAAGGUAACUUAGCAAUAACAUUUCCUUUUAAGUAUUCAGAUAAACAGCAACACCUUAUUAUUGAUAUGUUAUGUGGAGAAUUUUUGUAUCAGCUUCAUGAUUGAUAGUGUCCUGACACACAGUCGACAGAGCCCGCCGCUUCUUUCUUUCAGGGAGGACUUUACGCUUGAGCCAGGUAGGUCAGAAUAAAUUACAUUAAAUCACCAAUAGGGGUCUCUCCUAUCUCACAGUGCAUCAAAACUAUUCAUACUGUGUGAGGAGUGUAAUUAGUGCUGAAUCAAACACAGCCCAUGCCCCUCACUGCAUACUGGUCACCUGAAGCCUAUGAAUUUGACGCUCCAGCUCCUGCCUUUAGUCGCACCCUUAGCUUUUUAUUGGUGGAAGUGCAUGCCUUAGUCGAGCAAUUGGCUGGUUAUUAGUCAAGUUAUAUGUUAGAGGUAUUAACCGAGCAAGAAAUUCAUAUUUAUAGAAAACAAUAAUUGUAUAGUAUUGCGUAAUCAAACUCUUCAUUUUCUAAUUUUUCUGAAACUUUUGUCAAGUAAUCUUAUUGAAUGAAUCUUAGAAGACCCUGUUUAGAUCCUGUGAUUUGAUAUUGAAUACUCAUGGCAAUUGUGGUGAUAGAAGCAAGCAUUUAUCUUUUAUAUUGUGCCCUGGAUGAUAUAGAGGGACCAAAAAGUGGGCUGGAAAGUAGCUGUUAGGAUCUAGACUUUGAAAUGAUAAAUGACUGAUGAGUGAAGGAGACAUGAAGUUAGUUGGUUAUAGCAAUGAUUUAAGUCAGAAAAUGAAGAGUUUGGCUCUAUUUUGAAUACCUUGCAUAUAGACAUAGUAUGCGUUAUGGAUUAGAUUAUCAAUGUCACGAUGAAAUUCUGAUUUGAAAAUGUGUUCAGGUACAAAUUUAUAGGAAUCGAUGUUUAAAAUUUCACAAGUUCCUACUGGAUUUUUAAAGAUGACUCCAUAUCUGUAGAUGUCCUGUGAAUGUCAUUUUUAUACGAAUAUGUCAUAAUUGACAUGAUAAAUAUAACUAAAGAUUAAAUAAGACUAAUUGUAUAUAUGAUGAUUAAUGAAAUCUGUAGUAUGUAUAUUACUGUAGGUUCUGUAAAUGGUGAUGUCAUAUUCCAUGUUUAGUUUUGUGGCUGUGCUUAUUCAAACAUUUGUAGUCAUAACCUCAAAUUGCGAGUCAUAUUGCUCAAUCAAAGGUGAUAAAAUGAUGCAAGGGAUAGUUACAUGUACGUCUUCUGAUCAAAAAGUUUUUCGUUGGAUUUUUUAUUUUUGCGAAUUGAGGUAAUCUAGGUGAAAAUUUAGCAGUCGAAAGUUAAAAGUUUAUAAAAUAUGAUAGUAAAAUCUUAUAUUUUGAAUUAAAUCUUCAUUGUGAUCUGAUGUUUUGCGGAGCAAAAAGUGAUUGAAUAAGCAAGGCCAGAAUUAGAAUGUACAUAGAAAUAGUGCAAUGGUAAUGUGUUUGUGUAACGUUGGUUUAGAGAUGAGGGUCAUAUUUUUGAUACCACACUCCCUGCCACAGCACAUCUACUUGGCAGUUACAAGUUCUUAUAAUAGACAAAAUGACGACAUCAUAACCUAAAAAUCUAUUAUGAUAAUCUCUACUAAAAAAAUUCUGAAUGAUUUUUAGGCUUGCCUGCACAUGCUGUUGAAUAUUGCAUGUAAAAAAUGACUCGGAAUUACUCAUGGCCGAAAAUCUGAAGUACCUGUAAAAGAGUUUGCUAAAAAAUGCCUUAUUGUAUAUAGUUUAUAACCAUAUCUAGUCACGUAUAAGAAGUAUUGCGGCAAGCAAUAUAUUUGUUGUACAAAUACAUGCUGUGACAUAUUUUGAGAGAACAUGCUCCUGGGAAAUGUGGUUUUAAGGAGGUAAUGUGGCUUCUCUGUAAUAGUCAAAUCCCCGAUGUGAUUUUAAAUUUGGAUCCAGAAUAGUAAAUGUAGAAAUAUUAUUCAUUAGAAAAUUCAGUUCUGACAAGUACAAAAUGAAAAUGUUCAUGUCAGGACUAAAUAUCAGUAUGUGGGACUUAAUAGUGUCUCGCAUUGGUUUAUCGCAUUGAUGAUGAUGAAAUCCGAUGAUUAAGAAGAAGUCUCAUGAAAGAGAGAAAUUUAGCAUGUUCAGAUAGAUCCAUUAGAUAUUAUCAAUAUGUAGAGAAAUACUAAGUAUGCAAUGGAUUUGACCCUUUGUUGUGUAUGAAUUGUUCGGAACUUGCACAUAGUGAAUUUAUGAUUUUGAUUCCUUUUGCCACUUUCCUCGAGCAGGAUUUGGACUUACGAUCAGGUAUUGGCAAAUAAGAAUCCAUGCACCUGUCAAGCCUGCUUGUUUGGCUCAAAAGACGUUUGCCAUUAAGCUUAUAGGGCAUUUGAUUGGCUGAUACCUGAGCAGAAAUCCAAAUUCUUGUUUGAGAAAAGUAGUGAAUGGAUUUAACAUGUUUAGCCGGUAAAAUUACCGGGAACUGGUAACAUCAUAGAUAUCUGAUGAGGCCUACAUGUACAGUUGGUUCAGAACUUGGAUCCACAAGAAUAAAACUUUUAAGAAAUAAUUUGGUGAUUAAAAGUUGGUGUUAAAUUGAGGGUGUUUCUUUGCAUUUAAUUCACUGAACACCUAGCGUCAACACUAACUUUAAUACACUCCUGGUUGGCUGUGUUGCUUCCAUGUGUCAACAUUCCAGUGGUUAAUGCAAGAUGUUCUGAACAUAUACAUGUACAUUGAUGGUGUAUUUUUUCUAUGAUAUAGAGGUGUAUUGUGUACAUACAUGUACCAUUGGGUAGUUUUCAUCAUAGAACUACUGGUAUAGUUUUAGAAUUAAUAAACAUGUUCAAUAUCAUCAAGAUUGGACACAAACUUCUGUGAAACAUUUAAAAAUAAUGGGUUGCAUGCUUGUCUAUAUUAGAAGACACCUCAUUAGCUUAGCUAUGAUAUCUAAGAUAGUUGAUAGGGACAUUUAAAAUACAUAAGAAAGCCUGGCUUACCAAAUUACGUAGUCAUGAAAUAUCAGUCCAGAAAUAUCUUGUAGAUAGCUGUCUCCCCGGAGAACCGGCCAAGCUCAGAGCGACAUAUGCCUGGUCUUGCUGUGACAGGUCACAUAUAAUAGUUUCUUUGCUGCUCAAAACAAUUGUUCAGAGAGAGAGAUAAUGUAUUUUGUCCUUCUUGCAUAUGGACGUGGUCACAACUGAAAAGUAAACAACCUCCUGAUAUUCCACUGUGCCAAUAAUCUAGAUGAAUUCGAACAGGGCGCGAAGAGUAUUGCUUCAGACGUAUGAAGAGAAGAGAGUAUUCCUCUGAUAUUCUUGAAAUUUGAUUUAACCCCACCUCAACCACUCUUGUUAGAAAUGUACUCAGAUAUGUAUGAUAAUUUUGUGUUAUAGGUUCUCCUAUACUGAAUGAACAUGACAAUUUGAGCUAAAAAGAGAUUCUUGUGCAAUAUUAUGCCAGCAAUGUAUGUUUUAGAUAACUUAAACUUUCUCGUUCUCUAUUAAUCCAAUACAUUCAGUAAAAACAUUAAAACCACAAACAAAAAACACAGCGUUGUUUUGAACUUCUGCACCUCGGUCCUUUGCAGCCCUGCUAAAAGGUCGAACAUGUUUUCAGGUAUGUGAAAAGCCUGAUUGAUUUGUCUUUUUCCCUGAUAAGUGUAAUUCUUUAUAUUUCUUACCUUCUUCUAUUUCCUUUGACUGAACUGCAUGUACUCCUAACGUUGGGACUCAUAUUGUAUAUUAGCAAAAAGGUUAAUAUUUUACUUGUAGUUCACCUUCUCAGCAUCAGAAAAAGUAAAAAAUUUUAGAUCUUGAUCCAAGAACAAGAUGUCAUUCUGAUGACAGGUACCGUGUUACCUGUUCAAGAACAGUCAUUGAUGUCCAGUAUGCCUGGAAAAAACAAUAUGAGACAAUCAUCUUGUCUUGAUGACAUCAACCAGAUUAAAAAAAUCACCUUGUUCUUGGAUCAUAAUUUGAACCUCUGUACCCUUGUUCUGAUACUCCAGGUGGUAAGAGCUGCUUGGCUAUUUUUUGGUAGGCCUAUCUACUGUUAGCAAGCAACUGUAAUAUGGUGUAUUGCAAAUAUAUGCCCCCACUCGGCUUAAAUUUGUCCGUAAUGUUGGACCAUCUGGUUUUUCUGCAGUGCAUCAUUUUCUGCAUGAAUGACCAACAAGAUCUGGUAGAAGGGUCAGAUCAGUUUACUUGGUAAAGUCAUGCACCAUUUCUUGCUGAUGGAAUUCUAGACCCGGAGCUUAACCCUGUGUUGCCUCUAUCCCCUGGUUCCCUCACUAUAACAAGAUUAACAAGUGUCCAAUGUUCAUCUUCUUGUCUUGCUGUAUAAUAAUCACAAAUCAUCUAGCCUCCUUCACUUGGCCACCAUGCUUGCCAAUCAGAGCCCUUGGAAAGUGACUCUUAUCAUAAAAAAAUGUCACGCCUGCCCCAGAGACAAGCCAGAUAAACCUAUUGGUUGAUAAACAAGGACUCAUCUGAUUUCCGAAUCACUGCGGCUGUGUUGAAGGUCCAGACUUAUGCCAAGGUUGAAUUAGCUGUAUUGUAACAUCAAGACGCUUUACAGAUUUUGUCAAUCAAAAGCAUUCCUUCAUUAAACUUGUUAUGUCUCUGGAAUUGACGAACUUGUCACUAACACUAAUAAAGAUGAUCAAACGAAGUUGAUUGGGUUGGUCAGUGACAGAAGUACAGUUUGGUGGCUCAUUGAAUGAGGCUAGUAAUCACUCAGCGCGACCUGAAUCCCUCCUUGAGAGGUUGGGGCAGUGCUCUUGAUCAUAGUCAGUGUGUAUGCACCAGGUGAUGUAGGGAUAAUCUAUUUUUGUUAUUUAAAAGUAAAUGCUAUGUGUGAA